CUGGAACGAGCCAAAAGAAACUCACACAUGCAUAGACCUGACACCAGCAAUAUAGUGGAUACGAAUAAUCUAUAUACUUGAUAAGACAGGCCCUGAUGAAGGGUAAUCAUGCAGUCUGUUAGUUUCGGUGCAGAUCACCUGCUGCUGAUGGGGAUUGCGUGGCUGUGAGAAUUUUCGGAGUGUUUUUUUUUUUUUGGAAUGCUGUGUGUUGAUAUAAAAAGCAGGGUGACAUUGAAGCUGCCGUGUCCAUAGUAACCGGCACCUGCAGAGGAUGCAAACAAACCUUGUUCCGCCAAGCUUUCAAUGCUGUAAAACCGUAGCCAGAGAACUAAAUCAUGACUAGAAUGCUAACUGAUUGCAGUAUUUCUAGUAAAAUGCCGGGACGAUAAGAUAGGGGAAUUGAAGAGCGAAGAAAGGCGCGUAUUGUUAUUAAGACUCCUCGUUUACAUACAUUUUACAGUAAUAAUAAUAACAAUAACAUUUAGAGAUCGGUAAUGCAUUGCUAAGUUGCAGUAGUUUAUUUAAGGAAAUAUUCCAGAAGCGUUGAUCCAGCAGUCGCAUUUUUGGUAUUGAUCGCAAUGAGAAAAACAAUCGCAUUUUAUUAAUUUAUUUUAAAGUAUUUGUAGAAUUGCAGCGCGGCUGACGUUAUAUUUUUAAUCUAAUUAUUAUGAUGUAUAAUAAAUAUCGAAUUAAUUCCUAAUUUGAAGCUCAACACACACACACUGGAAAUUGACUAAUAUUAAUAGCCUUAUAAAGGGUAUUAUCCAUUUUUAAAUUAAAAUAAAUAAAUAAGUGUGGAUUAACAGUUCUUCUGCAUUAAGAUUUGGGAGGCUGCGCGCUGUUGAUACUUGGAUGGGUGUUUUUACUGAUCGCUCGUUACUUUAGUGCUUAAUUUAACAUACGACGGUGAACAUGCUGCCAGGCUCAAUUCAGAUCACAGGUGAAGCCCUUUCUGGAGCUGAGAUUAAAGACAUCUGCGAUAGCUUGAAGGAAAACAGCGUGCGGCUCCUGUCUGUGCGGGGUUGCCAGCUCUCAGACCGGGAUUUCGGGCGGGUGUGCCGCGGUGUCGCCGAGUGCCAUGCGCUGGCUCAACUGAACCUCAAUCUGGGGGUGGUCUCCAACAUCAGCAGGGUCAAACAGCUCGCAGAAGCGCUGAACACCAACAGAUCGGUCCACACUUUAUUUCUCCACGGAAGCCCCCUGACUGACACAGGGCUGGCCUGUCUGAACCCAGCGCUGUCUACUCACCCCUCCCUCGUCUCGCUGGACCUCGGGGACUGCAUGCUGGGGGAUGAAGGGCUCCAGCUCAUCUGCGGGAUGCUGCCACCAGAUGGCGCCAAAUCAGGACUGAAGGAGUUGACCCUGAGCGCAAACCCUGCCGUCACUUCCAAAGGCUGGGCACGGCUGGCCAUUGCUGUAGCCCACAGCUCCCAGCUGCGUGUUUUAAACCUGGACUACAACCCCUUAGGAGACCAGAUCGCCGGGAUGCUGGCUGUUGCUGUGGCAUCGAGUCGGACUCUGGAGGUUUUGGAUCUCGAGGGAACAGGCCUCACCAACCAGUCUGCACAGAUCUUCCUGGACAUGGUGGAGAACUACCCGACAUGCCUGAGGGUGCUGAUCCUGGCUGAGAACAACAUCAGCACGGAGCUACAGCAGCAGAUCUCGGACCUGCUGUCCGAGGGGGAGGAGGAAGAGGACAAGGAGGGGGAGGCACGGGGGAGCGCCGGGGGCAGGGAGCGGGAGAAGACCACCUGGGUCUCACAAAGCAAUUUAAGUUCACACAUGGUCUUGGUGACGUCAGGACUUGGAGACAGCCUAUUGGCCGAAACAGAGAUGUGACCCUGGAAGUCUGUCUCCCAACUGCAAGGCAGCCUGUCACACGAUGCUGUUAGUGAACAACCAAUCACUUGGUCAUGCAUGGUUUUUUAGCACUUGUACAUAGAUUUAAACAAUGUUAUAAAUAGGCACAGGCUUUGAACACAAGGUGAGUUAAAAGAGAACUAUUUAUUUUAAAGAUGUACAUUUAAAAUUGAAACCUGUGUGUUCAGGGUUUACAUUAACUUCUGACUAUAAGGGUGUAAAGGAAAAGUGCAGUUUGCUGCUGUUUUUACUGAAUGUAAAAAAAAGAAAAAUGAAAAUAAACACAUCAAUUCCAUUAAACUAGCCAGAAACAACUUGCAAGUCAGAUACGUUAACAGUUUGUUCAAAGCUAGCUUUAUAGAGUUAAAAUGGUUUAUUUCCGUUCAGAAAAAAGGGGGGGGGGGGGCUUUGACUUGAAAAUAAAGGUCUACGGUAAAGAGGUGUCCGAAUAAACAUAUUUACACCUUCCUAAGAAACAUUUUGUGUGGUUAUUUCAAAGCAAAAAACAUCAGUGUGUUAGUGUUCGUUGACAUUGAAAUACAGGAGCCCCCCCAGUGUGUUAGUGUUCAUUGAAAUACAGGAGCCCCCGCCCCAGUGUGUCAGUGUUCAUUGAAAUACAGGAGCACCCCCAACACAGUCUGUCUGUCCAGGUGCUGCUUUUGCCAGUCAGUAGCCACUUUCUAUUUUUGACACUGGCUGCUUGAUCUUGCAGUAAUUUGUAGAAAAUGAAUUUAAAAUAAAAACCGAAAUUGCUUGGUUGGAUAAGAGUCCACCCCCCUUGUAAUAG